UUCAGAGUCUGAACCCUGAACUCGAAAGCAAAAGGACUUGGAGAGACUUGAAAAUGGCUCUGCGUUUGGGUCUCCCUCUUGGCCAUUCCUUCCAUGGCUAUGUCGCCAAAACUACACCUAUCCGAUUCUCCAAAGUUUCCGCUCAGAAUUCGAUGUGGCCAUCAGUCGAAUCGCCCAAGCUCAUAAUGGAAGUAAAGGAAAAGCUCGAGAGAGAUCAUCCUAGUCUUCAUGUAGGAAAGAAUGGAAGAGAUGAUGACAAGAUGAUCUUGUGGUUUCUCAAGGAUCGAAAGUUUUCUGUUGAUGAAGCUGUCAAAAAAUUGAUGAUAGCCAUUAAAUGGCAUGAAGAGUUUGGUGUGUCCGAAUUGUCUGAAGAGUCCAUAAGAGGCAUAGCUGAAACUGGAAAAGCUUAUGUGCAUGACUUUCUUGAUGUUGAUGACAGACCUGUACUCAUAGUGGAGGCAUCCAAACAUCUUCCGGCAAUGCAUGAUCCAGUUGAGGAUGAGAAGCUUUGUGUUUUCUUAAUUGAGAAGGCAUUGAGUAAACUCCCAGAUGGAAAAGAACAAAUACUUGGAAUAUUCGACCUCCGGGAUUUUGGCUCAGAGAAUGCGGACAUCAGAUUCUUGAAGUUCUUGAUCGAUGUCUCCUAUUAUUACUAUCCAAAGCGCUUGGGUGAGGUCCUCUUUGUGGAUGCACCCUUUGUUUUCCAGCCAAUUUGGCAACUAGUCAAGCCUUUGUUAAAAUCAUAUGCUUCUUUGGUGAGAUUUUGCUCCAAGGACACUGUCCGGCAAGAAUAUUUUACAGAAGCAACGGUGCCUGUGCGCUUCAAAGACUGAAGGUCAUGGCUUUCUUCAAACUUCAUUACCCUUGUUAUGCAAGUGUCAUUUUCAUACUGUAUUGAUUUCAUUUUAGUGAUAGAUUU